AUGGCCAUGGUAGAGAAGAUAGACCUGGCGCAAGCCAUGGCCCUGGGGCCCGAAUGGCGCCAUCUUUGUCAUGUGAUGUUGUACGCGCCCAAUCCAGGGAAGCUCUUCGGUGGCCACAUUAAGCUUCGCUAUGCUGUGCUGAUGUGCAUGCGCUUUGAUGGGCGACUGGGCUUCCCUGGAGGUUUUGUGGAUGAUGACAGCCCCAACCUGGAGGAAGGGCUAAACAGGGAACUGCUGAAGAAGCUGGGCGACGGUGUGUCCACUUUCACUGUGGAGUCCAGAGACUACCGAAACUCCCUCGCCGACACCAAAUCGAAAGUGGCAAUCCACUUCUAUGUCAAGUGUCUGACACUAGAGCAGAUCCAGACCGUGGAAGCCAGGGCACCACUUUCCAAGGACUUUGGGCUAGAGAUCUUUGGCCUGGUGCGGGUGCCCCUCUAUAUCUUGCAAGAUGGCAUGGGCGGCCUGCCUACAUUCCUCGAGAAUUCCUUUAUUGGCACCAGCAGGCAGCAGCUCCUCGACACCCUCCAGGACUUGGGAAUUCUGACUCCUGAAAUUGUCUCAAACAUCAAGGCGCGAAUUACUCGACACAAGCAGAAAUUAGCGUUUAGUGGGGCCUAAGAUGAGAGAGCUUGGUUAGUAGGAGGGUUGGGGGAACGAACAAUGUUUCCAGGGUCUGGGAGAUGACAGCUGAUACCAGAUAAAAAAGGCAGAAGCAUGAUGCAAUGCAUUUUGAACAAAAGAUUUCACCCUGUGGCAUCAGAGAAAAAAAAGAAAAAUCCACAGCCCUUUGCAGAGUCCUUGCCAUUUAAAGUCCUUCCCUGUACCUGGACACACAGAUGCAGGGAGUCCCAAGCGUGCAUAUGUGCAGUCUGUGACCACACAUGGCCUGGCACAAUCCCCCUCAUGUCCACUCUAACCAGGAUCUAUAACCCCUUCCCCUCCUUGUAAAGCUGCUUUCUAGUAUCCAGUUCCACAUUUGCUAGAGGAGACAAGCAGGGGAUUUCCCUUUGAAAAUGCCUUUACUUGAGA